AUGGCAACUUGUGUACCUGCUGCUGGAAGGGGCACAUUGCAUUACCGAGUGGCAGACUACAAGGGACGAAGCUGUAGAAGAACUGCAUGGGUUUCUGAUAUGCCUAUCAAAAUCAAGAGAUACUUACAAAAAGAUCUUUCAUGGUCUAAAGGGGUAUCCAAUUCCAAGGUACUGCAGAUACACAGAUGUGCGUUUUCUGAACCUACGCUUUGUAAAAAUCAGAAGCUCUUCAAAGUCAUUUCCUCGUGCAAAAAAGACAAUCAUACAAAAUACUUUGACUUUUCCGUCAUUGGGAGCGGAAUUGCUGGCCUGAGAUAUGCGCUCGAAGUUGCAAAACAUGGAACUGUUGCAGUCAUAACAAAGGCCGAGCCUCAUGAAUGCAACACAAAUUAUGCUCAAGGUGGUGUAAGUUCUGUGCUAUGCCCAUCAGAUUCUGUGGAGAGUCACAUGAAGGACACCAUUGUAGCUGGUGCUUAUCUUUGUGACAAGGAGAGUGUUCGAGUUGUCUGUACUGAAGGACCAGACAGAGUUAGGGAACUAAUUGCUAUGGGCGCAUCGUUUGAUCAUGGGGAAGACGGUAACUUGCAUCUAAUGAGGGAGGGUGGUCAUUCACAUAAUAGAAUUGUCCAUGCUGCUGAUAUGACUGGUAAAGAGAUUGAACGCGCACUCUUGAAGGAAGUUACCAGCAAUCCUAAUAUUUUUGUGUUUGAACACCAUUUUGCUAUAGAUCUUCUCACUUGUCAGAAUGGAUCUGAUAUAACUUGUCUUGGUGUUGAUACACUGAAUACCAAAACCUUAGAGGUGGUAAGAUUUCUUUCAAAGGCGACUUUACUAGCGUCAGGGGGAGCUGGGCAUAUUUAUCCUAAAACCACAAAUCCAUUGGUUGCCACCGGAGAUGGAAUUGCAAUGGCACACCGAGCUCAAGCUGUGAUUUCCAACAUGGAGUUUGUACAGUUCCAUCCGACCGCCUUAGCCGAUGAAGGGCUUCCUAUACAACCAACCAAGCCUAGGGAUAACGCAUUUCUGAUAUCUGAAGCUGUAAGGGGUGAUGGUGGCAUCCUUUAUAAUUUAGCCAUGGAAAGGUUUAUGCCUCUCUAUGAUGAAAGGGCGGAGCUUGCCCCAAGAGAUGUAGUCGCAAGAAGUAUAGACGACCAACUUAAAAAGCGUGACGAAAAGUACGUGCUCCUUGACAUUAGCCACAAGCCGAAGAACCAAAUUCUCUCACACUUUCCCAACAUUGCUUCAACGUGUCUUCAAUAUGGUUUGGACAUAACACGUCAUCCGAUCCCUGUUGUUCCAGCUGCUCAUUACAUGUGUGGAGGAGUUCAUGCCGGGCUCCAAGGAGAGACGAACGUGAAAGGUCUGUAUGUAGCUGGUGAGGUAGCGUGCACAGGUUUACAUGGAGCAAAUAGACUUGCUAGCAACUCAUUGCUUGAGGCACUCGUUUUCGCACAAAGAGCUGUUCAGCCGUCUGUCAAUCAAAUGAAAAGCUCUAGCCUCGACCUGACCGCAUCAAAUUUAUGGCGAAGACCUAUUGUGCCGUUUUCACUUGAAAGAAACGCGAAAGACAAAAUUUUAUCUGCGACCGGUGAAUUGAGGAAAGAACUACAAUCUAUCAUGUUUUACUAUGUAGGAAUUGUGAGGUCAACAAUGUGGUUAGAGACAGCGGAGAGAAAAAUCGGUAGUCUUGAGGCGAAAUGGGAAGAGUACUUAUUUAGGCAUGGAUGGAAACCAACAAUGGUGUUCCCUGAGAUUUGCGAAAUGAGAAACCUCUUUUGUUGUGCUAAGUUGGUGGUUAGCAGUGCCCUUUCAAGGCACGAGAGCCGCGGAUUGCAUUACACCAUUGAUUUUCCUCAUCUUGAGGAAAGUGAGAGGCUUCCAACAAUCAUUUUUCCAAGUUCAUCUUUGAACAGUACAUGGAGUUCUAGGCAAUUACACAGGCAACCUAUGUAUCAAUAA